AUGCAGAUGCGAGAGAACAACCUAGAACUUCAGGAUUACCUUAGAGAUUUGGAUAAUUGGGAAGGAGAGAUGAAGAAAAAAGAAGAGAAUUUAAAGGAGCCUGAUAAUACUGACGGGUCUUCAGCUAAAUUACCUCCAGUACGAAACAGUUCAAAAAAAAAGAAGAAAACGAAUGCUAAUGAAAAGAAGGACCCAGCCCCAAAAAAACCAAUCAGGAUCAAAAGUUCCGACUAUGCAGCAUGGGAAAAAUUUGAUGUUGACAAAGCUUGUGAAGAGGUUUUGGAUGAUAAUGCCUCCUCUGAUUCAGAAUUUUGUGAAUCUGAUGAGGAACUGGAAGAUGAAAUACAGAAACAGCAAGCACUAAAACAAAAGGAUAAGGGCAACGAAUUCUUCAAGCUGGGAAAUUAUGCAAUGGCUAUUGACCAUUACAGUUUUGGAAUCCAGUUAGAUCCUGCCAAUGCCCUCCUCCUUGCAAAUAGGGCCAUGGCACUUUUAAAACAGGAAAAAUUUGCUGCUGCUGAACAGGAUUGUUACAGCUGCCUGUCUUUAGAUCCCACCUAUGUGAAAGGUUAUCUUCGCCGAGCGACAGCGAGAAGUGGCCUGAAAAAAUAUGAAGAAGCCAUUGCUGAUUAUGAAAAGGUACUGAAUCUUGAGCCGGGUAACAAAAUGGCCAGUGCUGAAAUAAAAAAACUGCAAAAACUGUUACCAGGCUCAGCUGAAGUUGAAGAAGGAAUUGUGAAUGCUAUUGAUAAAAGCCCUGCUGAGAGGUCAAAGAAACCCUUGAGGCGAUUAGAGAUUCAAGAAACAGGAAUUGAAGACGAUGGAACUGAGAGAAGAGAACAGAUUGCCAAAAUAACAGAAGGACGAAUAUUAACACCACCUUCUUCAACCUCAUUGUCCUCACCAUCCUUGUCCUCCCCUCAUAUUCCAAGUUUGGUUUCCAACCAACAGAUUGGUCCUGAUUCUGAUGAAGUGCCUGAUCAGUUACAAUACUAUUGGCCUCAUUUUAAGAAAAACCCUAAGGAAAUGUACAGUUAUCUGAAGAGAAUCUCGCCUGAACAGUAUCCACAAUUGGUUAGUGAGUUUGUGGAUUCUGAAAUGGUUACUAUGAUUUGUUCCUGUUUAAAAACUUCAUUUCUACCAGAUGGUAAACUGGUUAUAGAACAUCUUACACACCUGUCUAAAGUAAAUAGAUUCCAAAUGGCAAUUAUGUUUUUAUCUCCUACAGAAACAAAAGUUAUUAAAGAUUUAUUCAAUUCCUCUCCCAUUUGUCCUAUCCCCCACCUUCUUUGCAUCUACCUUCUUUCUAUUUUCCUCUUUUAUCCUUUUCCUCCUCCUUUUAAUCCUUACUUUCCAUUUUCUCUCUCUCCCCUUCUCUAA